AUGCGGGAGCCGUGGUUGAGAGGUGUUGAGGGCGGAAGGAUGAAGGCUCCUCAAGAGGAGCAUGUCUACAGUUUAGUGGUCAAGGACUUGAUGGAUCCCCUUCGCAAACAGUGGGAUCGUAUUGGCCAUCUCAUUAUACCACGUCUUACUAUAUUUGCUAGUGUGAGGGAGAUGAUCCUAGACAUCUGUUUGAAGGAAGAUUUCAAAGAUGCGGGGAAAGUGGCGGUUAUGAUGUGGGUGUUGUGGAAUAAUAGGAACAAUUGGAUUUGGAAUGAGGAGAAAAAAGAUGCUAAUCAAUUAGGGCCACCCCAUCCGGGUUGGUUGAAGUGCAACGUGGAUGCGGGGUUCAAUGCUAUUCUUGGUACGACUAAUGGAGGUUGGUGUGCUAGAGAUAGCGGUGGAAGAUUCAUGGUGGCGGGUACAUUGUGGAAUAGGAGAAAUUUCUCUAUUGUUGAAGCUAAAGCAAUUGCUUUGAAGGAAGCCAUCCAAGGUGCAAUCAACUUACACUUGCAACACAUCAUCUUUGAAAGCGAUUCCCAAAUGGUGGUUCAAGCUACUAAUGAUCCUUCAUUGGGUAAUUCUGAAUUUAGUUUGAUUAUUAAUAGUAUCCGUAAUUUACUUAGUUCCCGUAAUGACUUUGAGGUCAAGUUUGUUAAGCGUCAAGCUAAUUGUGUUGCCCCAUAG